AUGACUUCAGCGGGAGAUUUGCUUAUGGAGACGCCUUCCACUCACACCUGUGUUCCCUCAUCAAGUCCCUUGUGGGGCCACAUGCGCAGCUGUUGCGUCCACCUAAUCCUCCCCCUCAUCGUCCCUCCCUCCCGCCCUCCCUCCGCCCUCGGCAGCCCCCUUCCACGAGCGGAUUUAGCGAUAGAACGCAUUUCUGUCGGCUACGCGGGGGAAGUGAGAAGCCCAGGAGCCCGCUCCUCGCCCGCCCACGCCGCCUCAAAAUCCGUCCCCCAAUUCCAUCCCCUCCCCUCACGUCCCCUCCCCUCCCCGCCCCCUUGCAAUGGGGAUUAG